AUGACAAUCCUGAAUAAUAGCUUCCAAAAAGCUACUUUCUUCCUGACGGGCUUCCAAGGUCUGGAAGAUCUCCAUGGCUGGAUCUCUAUUCCCUUCUGCUCCAUCUACUUGACAGUUAUUGUAGGGAACCUUACCAUCCUCCAUGUCAUCCACACCGAUGCCACCCUCCAUGAACCCAUGUACUAUUUCUUGGCCAUGCUGGCCCUCACAGACUUGGGUCUUUGCCUUUCCACACUGCCCACCAUUCUGGGUAUCUUCUGGUUUGAUGCCCGAGAGAUUGGCAUCCCUGCCUGCUUCACUCAGCUAUUCUUCAUCCAUACCUUGUCUCUGGUGGAGUCUUCAGUUCUAUUGUCCAUGUCCAUCAACCGCUAUGUGGCCAUCUGCAACCCGCUGUGUUACUCCACCAUCCUUACACCUGCACGCAUUGUCAAGAUGGGGCUGAGCUCGGUGCUUAGAAGUGCCCUCCUCAUCCUCCCCCUGCCAUUCCUUCUUAAGUGCUUCCAGUACUGCCACUUCCAUGUGCUGGCCCAUGCCUAUUGCCUGCACCUGGAGAUAGUGAAGCUGGCCUGCUCCAGCAUCACUGUCAGCCACAUCUAUGGGCUCUUUGUUGUGGCCUGCACCGUGGGUGUGGACUCCCUGCUCAUCUUCCUGUCCUAUGCCCUUAUCCUCCGCACUGUGCUGAACAUCGCCUCCCGCUGGAAGUGACUUCGGGCCCUCAACACCUGUGUCUCCCAUAUCUGUGCUGUGCUUCUCUUCUACAUACCCAUGAUUGGCUUGUCUCUUGUGCACCGCUUUGGUGAACAUCUGCCCCACAUCAUACACCUCCUUAUGUCUUAUGUGUAUCUGCUGGUGUCACGCCUCAUGAACCCCAUUGUCUACAGCAUUAAAACCAAGCAGAUCCGCCAAUGCAUUGUUAAGAAGUUUGAGUUUGUAAGGUCACAUAAGUGUUUUUGGCAGAAUUAG